AAUGCUGUUGCUGUAGCUUUGUUGCUCUAAGCUUAUAAACAUGACAAAGGUUUUAUAAGUUGAGGCAAUACCUUAUUAGAUCACCUGCUACAGUGGUGGGGAACAGGACACGGGCAAUUGCACACGUCCAAGGGCUGAGUUUCUCAGAAGGCUGCACAAUUAUUUGGAGACACCAUGUGGAGAUUUUGUACUGUGUGGAUUUUUGCAGGCACAUUGCAGAUACAGGUAAAUGUUAGUGUAUUUGUGGUUUAGUUUUUUAAUAAGUAGCUCGUAGUUUUGAUGUGUGACCUUGUAGCAAUAGUUGGUGUAAUUCUUAUUUCAGAGUUUAAGGAAUUGGGUGCUUGAAAACAGGUUAGCAGCUGUAGGAUCUAUUUAAAUUGCUAUUUGUUUUUGUUUUACUCUACAAAGAUGAUGUCUGCAUAAAGGAAGUGGAGAUUGCAUUACAGAAAGCAAUGUCAGAAAGUAAACCUGUGAAAAUACUUUUCAAAUGUCACUGUUUCCAUGUAAAGCCUGGAGAUAUAUUUUCCUUUGAAGCAUCUGGCUACUGGAAAUCACUGGGGGGGAAAGGAUGCUUUGAAUGCCUUUUUUAAGGAGCCCAUCUCUGUUAUUUUUGUGAAGACAUGAACUUGGUCACUAGUGUGACUUUUGUAUAGUAAACCUGUAAGAUGCAAAUAGAAGUGGACUGCAUUGCAAUGCUUGCAGCUUUAGACGUGACUAAUGCUCAUUAAUACUUAAUAGUAGGAUUUUAUUUUUCCCCUAUUGAAAUCCCCAGUUACCACAGGAUAGAGGAGUGUACAGUUAAGCCAAUUCUGAGUACCCUGGAUAUCUUGCCUUGAAUUUCCAUGCCUUCUUUUAUUCUUUCUGGAUGCAAAGCAAGUGACCUCUCCUCUUGCAGCGCUCCUGCUCCAACAAUAAAAAGAACCUUGGUAUAAAGACUGUUCAUGUAACUGUGAGGAAUGUUUGCAGGUUUGGUGGUUUGUGUAGUACCAGUCUUGGCAUUCACCAGAUUUUGAAUCCAUGUAUUUGAAAUCUCACUUUUUUCCCACCUGAAUUGACCUAACCUCCUGGUCCUUGAGUAUGUCUGUGCUUGGGGUGGAUGUAGGGACUAAACUCACCCCCAAACCUACUCAUCAGGUAUUUUGGUUGUAACUCUCAGGGAGCGUAGCCUGGUCUUGUCUUGGAAUGGUGUUUAAGAAAGAACUAGCGAAGAAACAAAAACCUGAGAGAGGAUUCUCUCCAAUUUGCUGGUGCAUAUUUUUAUAUUAUGUAUUUUUUAUGAUGUAUUGAUUUCCCACUUGAGUGAUUGCAGUUUUCUUGAUCUUUUGGGAACAUGGGGAAAUCUUGUGCAAUUCAUACUGUCUUACAAAAAACUUUCCCAUGGAGAGGCACAGAGUUUAAGUGUAUGUACGUUGUAAUGAAAGCUGAAGAUAAACUCAUUUUAAAUUCAAAGUAGUUUGGGUAGGUGCUCAUUUUUAUUAUUUUGUAAGACAAAACCAAUCCCCCAAACAAAACAAUGCAAAAACAUUUAGAAAUAGAGCCAUAGACUUUUCUUUCAAAAUUUGAGUGCCUUAGUUUUUUUUACAUAGUAUGACAGAAAUAUUGUAAAACAAGGAAAGCAUUUCAUGCUUAAGAAUGGAAGUUUUGUGCAUCUGAGAACUUUUUAUUGGUCAUUACUAAAGAAUUAAAAUGUUGCUGGCCAUAUGCACUGCAGCAGGGAAUUUUCUCUUGGCAGCACUAUACCCUCCAGCCACUUAAAUGCACAGAAUCAUUUUAAUAUAGAACAGAGUAAAUGCUGGAGAUAGCAUCUUUGGUGGACUGGUGACAAAGGUAAUGUUUAUUCUGUGGCUGUUCUGUUUCUCAGGAAGACUGGGGUUAAUUGUAGCUUGGCAAGUAAAAAAAAAAAGUUCCAUAUUGUUUUUCUGCAGUAGAUUCCUGUUGCUAUGCAACAAACAGAAUGUCACUUAGUACAGGAUAUAUUAAAUUGGUAUUCCCAGCACAUAUCUCUGCCCGUUCAUUUUAUACUUUAGCAGGAGGGUAUGGUUCUGGCUUCCUGUAGCACUGGAGUAUGAAGUCUGUAUUUGAGCUGCUAUUCUGGGGCUGCUGGAGCUGCCUGACGUCAGUGCACUUGCAGAGCCUCUCUUUGUUUUCGGAUGGAUGGGACACCUGUGCAACACAAUCAGGCUUCCAAGCAGACAAAAAGGGGUGGUGGUUAUCUGUUAUCUUCCUCGAGUGCUAAAUCCAGCCAGUCGCGGCAUCUGAAUUCUGUGCAUUUGCUCUCAGUGGAUUCUGGAAUAAAUGUUUAGAGCAUGUUUGAGAAAAUUACUCUCUGUGGCUCUGGAACCAGUAAUUAAGUAAUGGACAAAUGACAACAUCUGUGAACAGAGUAUCUGCCAAGCACGAGCUGCUGUAAUGGUCUACGAUGAUGCCAAUAAGAAAUGGGUACCAGCUGGUGGAUCAACUGGAUUCAGCAGAGUUCACAUAUAUCAUCACACAGGCAACAACACAUUCAGAGUAGUGGGCAGGAAGAUUCAGGAUCAUCAGGUGGUAAUAAAUUGUGCCAUUCCAAAAGGGCUGAAGUACAAUCAGGCUACACAGACUUUCCACCAGUGGCGUGAUGCUAGGCAGGUGUAUGGUCUGAAUUUUGGCAGCAAAGAAGAUGCCAAUGUCUUCGCAAGUGCCAUGAUGCAUGCCUUAGAAGUAUUAAAUUCACAGGAAGCUGUGUUUUAUUUAGGUCCUACAUUGCCUCGACAGAAUUCACAGCUUCCCUCUCAAGUACAAAAUGGUCCAUCACAAGAAGAAAUGGAAAUCCAGAGAAGACAGUUGCAAGAGCAACAGAGGCAGAAGGAGCUGGAACGGGAGAGGCUGGAUCGUGAACGAAUGGAACGGGAGAGGCUGGAGAGAGAGAGGCUAGAAAGGGAAAGACUGGAAAGAGAGCGCCUAGAGCAGGAGCAGCUGGAGAGAGAACGGCAAGAAAGGGAACGGCAAGAGCGCCUGGAAAGGGAGAGACAAGAGAAGGAGAGGCAGGACCGGGAGAGACUGGAACGACUUGAACGGGAGAGGCAAGAAAGAGAACGGCAAGAACAGUUGGAAAGGGAACAGUUGGAAUGGGAAAGAGAGAGAAGAAUUUCAAAUGCUGCUCCAUCUUUCGACAACUCCCCGUAUAGCACUCCACUUCCUGAAUACUCCAGUUGCCAGCCUCCUUCAGCACCUCCUCCAUCAUAUGCAAAAGCAGUCUCAGCGCCAAUGGCAGAGGCCACACCGGAGUACGCUGUAGUGACUUCUGCACCACCGACUUCCACUCCCCCUACACCGCCUCUAAGGCACUCUGCAUCACGUUUUGCUACAUCCUUAGGCUCAGCUUUCCACCCCGUUCUCCCCCAUUACGCUACGGUUCCUCGUCCGCUGAACAAAAGUUCUCGGCCCCCUUCUCCUGUCAGUGCGGCGGCGACUUUGCCUCCCAGCACCAAGCCCGCGGCCUGGGCCGCGCCCAGUUUCGCCCCCCUGCCCCCGUCUCCUCCAGUAAUGAUCAGCAGCCCGCCAGGCAAAGCCACAGGCCCGAGACCCGUCCUCCCGGUGUCGGCUUCCAACCCGGCGGCCCAAAUGUCCACGUCUCCCACGGCUCCUAACGGGCUUCCCGAAAACCUGGCUUAUCCGGUUCCUUCACCUUCUACCUCAGGUCCAACGCCGCCUCUGCCACCUCCUCCCCCCCCACUGCCUUCCUUUCCGCCUCUGUCACUCUCUGGACCUCAAGCUUCUCCUUCUCCCAACUCCCCGAAUGCCUCGACUCCCUCAUCCAAGCCUAGUGUUCUCCCUUCUCCCUCUGCAGCUACCCCUGCCUCUGUUGAGAACUCUCUAAACUCUGUGCUGGGAGACUCCUCUGCUUCUGAGCCAGUCUUGCAGGCAGCCUCUCAGCCGGUUGAAGCUCCGACCCAGCAGGGUGCUGUCCAAGGACCACCUGCACCUCCUCCUCCACCUCCCCUGCCCCCUGGCCCAGCUCAGUCUUCAGUAGCAGCCCCACCUCCUCCUGGCCCUCCACCACCUCCUCCACUCCCACCUUCGGGGCCGCCGCCACCACCGCCGCCGCCUCCUCCGCUGCCCAGCCAAGUCCCUCCCGUUCCCCUGCCACCUCCUGCUCCCCCCCUCCCAGCCUCUGGAUUUUCAGCGGGAUUCGUGUCCGAAGAUAAUCGCCCUCUAACUGGACUAGCAGCUGCACUUGCAGGAGCCAAACUUAGGAAAGUCUCACGGUGUGCUCUGAAGGGUGAAGACUCCUCCAGUUCAAGUGGAGGAGGAGGAGGUUCUGCUUCAUCCAAAACAGACGGUGGCCGUGGAAAUGGACCCCUUCCCUUGGGAGGCAGUGGGUUGAUGGAAGAAAUGAGCGCCCUGCUGGCCAGGAGGAGAAGAAUUGCUGAAAAGGGAUCAACAGAACCAGAGCAGAAAGAAGAUAAAGCUGAAGAAUCAGAGUCUUCAUCUUCCAAGGUUUCUUCAACAAGCACACCUGAACUAACAAGAAAGCCUUGGGAAAGGACAAAUACAGUGAAUGGAAGCAAGUCACCUGUUAUUUCCAGACCAAAAUCUACACCAACGGGACAGCCCAGUGCCAACGGAGUACAGUCAGAAGGUCUAGAUUAUGACAGAUUGAAGCAGGACAUUUUAGAUGAAAUGAGGAAGGAGUUAACGAAAUUAAAGGAAGAACUCAUUGAUGCUAUCAGGCAGGAACUCAGCAAGUCCAAUACUGCAUAGAAAGACUCGUACUAAGCCGAUGUGACUCUUUAACUUGAUAUAAAACUGACUACGUUUUGUGAGCUGUUAGAAGAAAACGGAGACAGACAGACACUUGGAAGGAGGGAGAAACAACCUAUUCUGAAAAGCUUCAGACACAUCACUCUGGUGAUAAUGCUAUUCCCCUCCUAGUUUGCAGCUUUUUUCUGACCUUUACAGCAGGGUGGAAAAGACUCUUAAAGUUACUGUAAUGAUUAUGCAGAAAUUCCUACAUCUAUCAGACAAGAUCACAGUGCUUUGAAGUCUACUCAUGUCAAGAUAAAAUUGCACAUGUUUCAGAAUUUGUUGUUAAGACAAAAAAAAAAAACAAAACAAAAAACAGGGAAAAGCUUGGGAAGGCUUUUCAGAGAGGUUUUCUUUAUUAAUGAAGGAGUUAGCAAGUUAUACUGUUGUACUUCAAAUGUAUCUCAGGUUUGUCUUCCUAUCAUAUCUGAUAUUUCCAUGAGUAAUUUAAGAGAUCAGAUGUGUAGAAGUUCGGUUCACGAGACAAGGAACUAUUAGAGAUGUGUGCUUUUAAAGGGCAAUAUUUGUAAGUAAGGGUGACCUAGACGGUGAUGACAUAUCAAGAUUUUGGAAUUUUAUGAUAGGAAGCCUCUCUAGUUAGCCUUCAUGCAAUUUUCUAGGAAAAUUAAAAAAAAAAAAAAAGCAAACACAGUCCAGAGUUUAAAGAUGUAGAUGCCUUCCUACAUUGUUACGAUGCUUUACCAAAUCUAAGACUUCGACAUAAAGCGAAUCAGCAGUCAAAUGUAAAUCAUUAGUAUGUUGUAGAUUUACAGUAGAUUUUGGGGCUUUUUUUAGAUUUAUGCAUGUGGACAUUUUGUAAUGUAACACAACACAGCCAGCUUUUUAAUUAAAAGAAAAAUUGCAUGUCACAGAGUAGCCUUUUCAUUUGUAAGGCUUAAUUUAUGCCCAGGAAGAUGUGGGAAGAGGGAGGGGGAAGGUGACACAUUUUUAUUACUUUCUACACUUUUUCUUCAUCUUACAUGCAUGUGUAAUAAUGAGGAAAACAUGACUUUUAUCAGUAACCAUGUUAAUGGAACCAGGUACUUGAUCCUUUUGUAUCUUUUUUCAGUUUUCUAUUUGAAAUUCAGUAAUAACUUCCAGUGAUGGUUCUGAAACUCCCAGGUGAACCAAACUCAUUUCUCGGUGAGAGAAAAAAUGUUGUAGGCAUCUGACUUACUGAGGAUGCCCCUGUGUGUCUUGUCCUUCACCUUUUCACCAUGACCCUCUGCUUCACUCUUUUCUGAGACUCCCUUUUUUUUUUGGUUGUUUAAUGAAACAGAACAGCAGUAGUUACCUGAGAACGAUCAGGUCACAGUAAAUGGCCCCUUCUCCUCCUAAUUUAUCUACCACCCUCCUUUCCAAAAGAACUCAAAACCAAUAAAAAACUCCCACAGCUCCACAUGAGACAAACACUGAAAAAUAGCAAUGAUGUGCUAUUGGUUUUGCUCAACAAUUUCAGCAACAUUUUUAGGGGAGGUGAUACCUCUCUUUCCCAGGGUUUUCAAUCUUAUGAGUGUAAGUUUUUUUAAGUUUGUGUUUUAAUAUGGUAAAGUUCAGUGGAAUAAAAAUUCUGCAAAUUGGCUUUGUAGUGCUUUGGACAAAGAAUAUGGAUCAAAAUCUUCCCUUUUCCCUUGCACUGUCCAUUUUUCGAAGCCAUGUUUGCUUUGGGAUCUGUGCCAAUCCAGAGGAAAAGUUUACCUACAACUUGUGGAGAGAUUUGCUUACAAGUACAGGCAGCUCCAUUUGUGGCACAGAUGCUUUCAAUAGCAGACUGAACACCAAAGCAAAACAGCACUUAACAGCUUCAGAAAGGCUUCAAUAGGAAAUCUUUUUCCCAUUUAAAUGUUGUCUGAUCUUACAGGUUCAGAUUCUAAGGGAAGACAACAGUGGAAAUACUGCCUAACUCCAUUUAUUAAUUUUUUUUAAUAAAGAGGAGAAACAAUAUCACCUUUCUGCAUGCAUUUAUUGAAGGCAUUAAAAAGAAAAAAUCCAUAGUAAGCUUGUCAAGUACUGUUUUUCUCAAAACAAGAGGAGGCAUUUUCAUCUUUGUUGAUGUAGCUUUUUGUUUUACACAGACUUUUUGAGCAGUAAGGAUGUUUACCCUUGUCAGAAAUCACGUUUGAUUCGUUUCUAGGAGGGUUCAGGAGUUACCUAGUGGAAUAGCAUGGAUGGCUAUAAGUGGUUCAAAAUUAAAGGCUGAACUUCUAGAUUGUGCAAGGAACUGGCUUAUGCACUAAACGUUUUGUGCCUUGGUCUACAAUUAACAUGAUUUCUGUUUAAAAGAAAAAGGAACAGAUGUUGUCUUUUUGUGCUGCUUCUACAUACAUACUUUCUGUAAUCCCAACCUGCAGAACUGGUUCUUUCCAGGAAAUCAGAUUGAAUUAAAGAUUACUGUAGACAUUUCCUGACUUACUGACAGUUGCACCAUUUCCAGAGAUUUCAGUAUUGAAAAUGAACUGCAGAAGUUACGAUUAUUUUGCUUACUGGUGACUAAGUUCUUUAAAAACCAUAUUGUGGUGGUUCUGUGCUUUUGUACAAUGGAUGUCUUAAGCUGAGGGCAGUUUAAGGGAUCCUUCCUAAUGCCAGGAGGGCGUUGCUUUCCUCAACACUGUGAUCUGACCUGUGAUAAACCUGCACUACAGACAAGUGGCUACCGAGUCAACCGCAAACCAACUGAAUGUAAAACCCUUAGUGCUGGUGCUGAAAUCUCUUCAGACAGUCAUAAUGAUUUCCAGUUCGUUGUUUUAAAGUUACCAAGUGUCAAUCAAAGACUGAAGCUGUUCACUAAUGAAUGUUGACUUUUCAUGCAUUUAGGUUUACCUUCUUUUUAGUUUCUCAAUUCAUUCUCUGCUAUUUUUAUCAUAUUGUGUCAUUUUAAAUUUCUUACAUGCUAACGUUUUGUUUGAGCGAAUGAAAUAAAAUUGCAAUAUAUACACGUUGCCACCAUUUAUUUCUGGAACCUCAUAGAAGACUCUCUGAGAUUUACUACUCAAAGUCCCCAGAUUUUUAAUGACUUACUCCUUGAUUCCACUUCUCCUUUCUGUUUCUGCAUCAGAAGAUCCAGUAGAGAACAGUGAAGACUUAACCUUAUAAAGAAUGUAACUGCAGGGUCUGUGUACAUUCAUGAACAGUGACUGCUGUACAUAAAUUAAAAUUAAUUUCAAAUGUAUGAUGUGAUUUACAUUCUCACAUGGUAUAUACACACUUUGGUCUCUGUAUCCAUGGAGGGAGAAGGAAAGACUGGGUGGGAAGUAAUUGCAGUCAGUCUGACUUCUUCUCUUGCUGCUUUUAUGUUCAUGACUUAUUUUCAAUACUGGUAAUAAAGCAAACCUACCACAGCAGAUCAUUAGAGGUUUCUGUGCACUAAGGACAGUUUCCUCAAUUUAUCUUACAGCAGAAUACUGAGCAGAGCUGUUCAAAUGUCCUUGACUUGACAUCCUGAAGCUGUACUUUGCUGCUGCUGUUGUUUGGCAAACCUUGGUUCCAGUGCUAAGUUUGGCACCAACCUUAAUAAGUUAUAAAGGUUUGGAGUUUUUUAAAUAAAAUUAUCACUAGAUUCUGAAA